GGCUGUGCUGGCUGCACAUCACUGUACACAUGUUCGGGUGUUGUUUGUAUACAACAGGGUGACUCCCUGACGGACGGUCGUGUCAAUCUAGUUGAAUGGCCCAUGGACAAGAUGAAACGCACUCACUCCACUAGCACUUCAACAUCAGCAGUCUUCCUUCAUUCACACCGGACACACACCCAUCACUCGUCACUCACCCGGACACACACCCGUCACCCAUCACUCACCCAAUCUUGCUCUCCUCCUCCUCUGCCUUCGGCGACAUGUCAGCGAUCAGUUGAACACCAGAUGCAUAGGGGAAAUUCAUUGGGUUUGCUUGCUCCAUGCCGAAUCUCUUGAGUAUCUUGUCAAUGUACUUCUCUUGUGUGACCGUCAGGUUCCUCUUUUGUCGGUUUCGGGUGAUUUUGAGCCUAUGAACAUCCACCUCAUUCAGAUCCUUCAUCACAAACACACUCAACAGCUACUGCUUAAACCAGGUGACCCCCUCUUGUUCGCUGACAAUGAGGAUAUCACCAAUGAACACCACAAGAAGGAUGUUGUCGGCCUUGUGCAUGUACGCGCAGUGCUCCUGGGCGUGACGGGUGAAUCCUCGGUGGACCAAUUCGUUGUGGAGGGUAAUGUUCCAGGCUCGUGGGGCUUCCUUGAAACCGUACAGGGCCUUCCUGAGUCUCACGACGUGGCCGGGCUUCUCGUACCCAGGUGGGCACCGUAUAGGGACAGGCUUGUCUAACGGCGCGUUGAGGAAUGCUAUAUUGACAUCCAUCUGAUGGAUCUCCAGGUUAAGUUGGUUCGCCAGGGCUUGCAUCGCUCGAACCACAUGGUACGGCGUGGGCGAGAACACGUCAUCCACUCGAUUGCCGUCUUAUUCGAAUCCUCUUGCCACAAUGCGUGCCUGAUACUUGUCAGACUUGCGGGCAAAUACCUAUCGAGAUGACAUGAUUUUGGUCGUGGCUGCUGCCGCCUCUGGUAUGUACUCGAAC